CACCUGUCGGUGUCCAUCAGUGCCAGCCAGCUCUCAGUGCUCAUCCAUGCCACCUGCCAGUGCCCAUCAGUGCCACAUUUCAGUGCCACAUUUCAGUGCCCAUCAAUGCCACAUAUCAGUGCCCAUCUGAGCUACCUUUCAGUGCCACCCAUCAGUGCCAAUCAGUGCCACCUAUCAGUGCCGCCUAUCAGUUGCCCGUUAGUGCCCUAUCAGUGCCACCUAACAGUGCCAGUCAGUGCCACCUAUCAGUGCCGCCUAUCAGUGCCGCAUAUCAGUGCCAUAUAUGAGUGCUGCCUUUCAGUUCCCAUCAGUGAUGCC